UAAUUCGCUGGCCAGGCGAAUAGUCUUUAACGCUUAAAGCUCAAAUCUACGUGCAGUGCUGGUCGAAAGCUCAACCGAGUUUCGUCGUGUUAUAAGAACAAUAGUAUCUGGUUGAAAAAAAAAAUAAUUCCAAAAAAUGGAUGAUCUUACCAAGGAUCAGAUCGUGCUGCUCAAAAAAGCUUUCGAUGCUUUCGACCAAGGCAAAAAGGGUUGCAUCGGCACUGACAUGGUUGGCACCAUUUUAACUAUGCUUGGCCACGAACUCAGUGAAUCCACUCUUCAAGAAAUUAUUUCCGAGGUCGAUGAGGACGGCUCCGGCGAGCUUGAAUUCGAAGAAUUUUGUACGCUGGCUGCAAGAUUUUUGGUUGAAGAAGAUACGGAAGCGAUGCAGCAAGAAUUGCGAGAGGCAUUUCGUCUUUACGACAAAGAAGGAAACGGCUACAUAACUACUGACGUAUUUCGUGACAUUUUGCACGAACUCGACGACAAGUUGUCGCCGGAAGAAUUGGACCUGAUGAUCGAGGAAAUUGAUGCUGACGGUUCGGGUACUCUUGACUUUGACGAAUUCAUGGAAGUCAUGACGGGCGGUGACGAUUAAACAAAUGGUAACCUGAAAAUGGACACAAUCAUAAAUGGCCCAAAGAAAAGUGCAAAGAUACGACAGUAAAACGUACCAAUUUCAAAAGAGAUAAAUUUACCUACAGUCAUCUAAAAGACGAUCGAUAUUAUUUUUGCACAUGAAUUAAAAAAUUCAUUAAAUCGACAAAGCGUUUUCCUGGACACAGGAAAAAUCGAAAAGAUAAAAAUCAAGGAUAAUUAUAAAAUAAAAGUUCCAAAGUUCAAUAUCCCAAUUGCGCCUUGAUACGGCAACCUCGCAUACAUCGGAGCAUAUAUAAUAUCGUCGCUACAUGUAUUCCUUAUCAAUUCCCAUUCUCACGAACAAAUUAUUCGCAACUCUGCAUCUCGUAAUUGCAUACUAUUACCAUUAAGCCAGUUAACUGUGCAUUAAUAAAAGGUGCUCAAUUAAAACUGCAUACAUGCAUCUGGCUGGAAGAUGCACCAAAGUAAUAUUUUCUUUCGACAUGAAAUAAAAAAGAAAUUUCGUACAUCA